AUGAGGAACGUGAUGCUCUAUUGCGUCCUCAGCAGCAUCCUGCAGAUGAUGCGCCGCCUGGAAGACCCGUCGCAGGAGGAUGUGAUCCAGCGUGCCAAAGAGCUCGGGCUUACGGAGGAGUCCACCUACGUGUACCUCCGCUGGAGUCCCGAAGCGAAGGCUCACGUAAAGGAUCAAAUGGAUCCCUUCGAACACACCGUGGCAGUCCAGCUGGUGGAGAGGAUGAUGGGCUUCACAGCCUUUCCGGAUGUGGUGGGGCGGUUUCACGCGCUACGUCCGUUGACAGAGAAUCUGUCAUCGGACGUGAUCCCCUUCCUCCUGGUCCUCCAAAAUCGGUCAGAAGCCAGUCAGGAAAUGUACAAGAUGAUGCGACGCCUCUGUCGCAAUGCAGCCACCCACCUGGUGGCAAUGACCAUACGCCCGUCCAAAUUGGGGCGUUCUCCAUUGGCCCAGCAGGUGGAGCGCAUGGCCCCGCAGCUGUAA